GCGCAUGCGCGGGUGUGUGCUGGGGCAGCGCGGAGCCUGAGCGGCAGCUGCGGGCUAGCUCCAGAGCUCUGUGGAGAUCGCGGUUUUUGCUCCUUGCCUCCGCCGCCGCAGUCUCAAGCCGUCGCCGCAAGAGGAGCGGCCGCCUAUUGUCUUUCUCUGCGGCGAAGGUGCGGAGCUGCUCCGAAUCGGCCCGUGGGGGAUCCCCGGGCGCCGCACGUGUCCUGGGUCAUGAAACUUAAUCCACAGCAAGCUCCAUUAUAUGGCGAUUGUGUUGUCACUGUACUGCUCGCUGAAGAGGACAAAGUUGAGGAUGAUGUAGUGUUUUACUUGGUGUUUUCGGGGUCAACCCUCCAUCACUGUACCAGUACUCGGAAGGUCAGUUCUGAUACGCUGGAGACCAUUACUCCCGGUCACGACUGCUGUGAGACCGUGAAGGUACAGCUGUGUGCUUCCAGAGAGGGCCUUCCCGUGUCCGUGGUGGCCGAAGAAGAUUUUGAGUUCGUCCAGGAUGAGGCUUAUGAUGCAGCCCAGUUCCUGGCAACCAGUGCUGGGAAUCAGCAGGCGCUGAACUUCACCCGCUUCCUUGAUCGGUCAGGACCCCCAUCUACAGAUGUGAAUUCCCUUGACGAGAAGGUGGCCCUGGCAUUCCGGCACCUGAAGCUGCCAGCAGAGUGGAAUGUCCUGGGGACAGACCACACUUUGCAUGAUGGCGGCCCCCGUGAGACGUUGAUGCAUUUUGCCGUGCGGCUGGGACUGCUGAGGUUGGCGUGGUUCCUGUUGCAGAAGCCGGGCGGCCGAGGAGCUCUCAGCAUCCACAACCAGGAAGGAGUGACACCUGUGAGCCUGGCCUUGGAGCGGGGUUAUCACCAGUUGCACAAGCUUCUGACCGAGGAGAAUGCUGGAGAACCAGACUCCUGGAGCAGUUUAUCCUACGAAAUUCCCUGUGGAGACUGUUCUGUGAGGCAUCACCGAGAGCUGGACGUCUACACCUUAACCUCAGAGUCCCAGGCACAUCCUGCACCCCCAUUUCCUGCAGACAGUUGCUCUGAGCACAUUUUUAAACUUAUGAACAUCCAACAGCAGCUAAUGAAAACAAACCUGAAGCAGAUGGACAGUCUUAUGCCCUUAAUGGUGACAGCACAGGACCCUUCAGGUCUGCCCACUGCCCAAGACACAGAUGGCCCACUUGUUCCCUGCGCAUCCAUGCCCACGGACGGCCAGCAGCUUUCUUCUCCUGCGGACGCUGAGAGCUCCCCACGCUGCCCAGGGAUCACUGUGGGGCAGAUGGAAUGUUCCUCCGAUUUACCCAGUAUGGCUAAGGAAGAGAAUACAGACUGUUCCUGUAGGAAAAAAAACAAAGGCAUGGAGAGAAAAGAGGCAGAGAUGCAGCCAGCGCCUACUGUGGACUCUGAAACUGUGUCUGAUCCCGACAGCUGCCUUCAGAGCAUGUCUGAUCAGGGAGGGAAGGGGACAGAAGGCCUUCUGUCUGGUGAAAUCAGAAGUGAAGAAACUAGAACUGAAUCUGCUGCAGUGGCUACAGCCCAGGAGUCUCGGAGCGGUGGAGAGGGUGUCCUGCCAGGAGUCAUGGUCAUGGAAUCAGGCACGGCCCAGCAUUUGCCUGGAGGCGACCUGGUAGUCGUCAGUGCAGCAGUGGAUGCCGGCGUUCCAGAGGCUGCAGGGGACAUAGAACGUGGUCUCGUGAGCCCGGACACUACCGCCCAGAAGAAGAUGCUCGAACUUGGGCAGAGUACAGAGGAGAGACUUGAGGACUCUAACGUCAGCACCACUGGAGCCUCCGAUGUAAACGGCACGAGGAAACCUGUGGAUAAAGCCAUUGCUUCAAACUGUGUUUCUGCCCCCUGGCCCCUGGGUGGUGACAAACCUGCUGAGUCGUUUCUUGCAUUGAGUAAUGGAGAAACCUCUAUUGAAAAAACUGCAGAAACUGAAACUUCGAGACGUUGUGAAGGGGGCGUGGGUGCUGCCGCAGAACAGAACCCUCUCGUCGUUCCAGCUGCUGCCAGUGACAGGAUUUCAGACAGCUUCCAACCACACGCUCCCUUAGCAAACACAUGCGGGGCAGUGUCGCUCUCUGAUUCAACCUUCCCUGGGCCACAAAAAGAUGUUAUGCCAAACCGGAAAUCAGAAGCGAAUUCAUCUCAUGUUCAGAGCCAGAAUGGUGAGCCGCCCCUCUGCUCUGCAGCUGGUGACGAUGAUAAACUUUGUGCAGUCUCUGCGCGUGGACAGGACACAGUGACUUCUAUGGGUGCGUUGGCUUUGAAGCGCUGUGAUGACGUAGUUACCCGGCCUGGAAGCACCACCACAGGACCGCCCGACACACAGCACACGCCCACUGCUGUCUUCUCGGAAGUCCCACAGUCUAACACAGCCACCCCUGACUCUCUAAGCGGCACCCAGGAAGAUGUGGGUUUUAGUCCUCUUGAAGUUUCAGAUAAAGAGGGCCCAGCAGGAGGUUUGAACUUAAAAACAUCUUUAACGAAUAGGCUUGAGGUGGUUCCGCAGCCACAUGCCAUUUUCCCCAAAGCAGAGGAAGAAUCAGUGCCAGACCAGGCCGUGUCAUCAGGCAGGACUUUCUCUCUGGCUGGGAGUCCGGGCAGUGAAUCAGUAACCAAAGAUGACGCACUUGUCCCCUCCCAGAAAGAAAAGGGAACAGCAACCCCUGAACCACGUACCGCUACAGAUUGUAGAGAUGGCGGAGAUUCGAGUGAUCCAGAUAAGCAGCCACUAGAAGACAGUGCAGCAGGCCUGCCCACGUCCACUGUCCUGGAUCUUCAGCCCAGCAUGGGGAACACCAGCCCUGUAGGAUUUGGUGAGGAGCAGGAGGGUCCCUGCCUCUCAGCAGCCCCAGAAGUUCUGAACAUUGAGGGGGACAUUGACUCUCCCGGGCUACAUAUGGGUAAGGCCUCGUUGGCCUCUGAUUCCAGUUUGACUGAAGAAGGAAGAAAGCUCGUGGUUCCAGAACACUCUGCAGCUCAGGGACAGGAUGACAAGUUCAAAGCAGUGAUUUGUUCCUCCAUUAAGGAAGAUGCUUUUCCUUCAGGAGCAUUGCAAGAAGAGCAUAGAACAGACCCUCCUGGACAGGAGUUACCAGGAUCCCAUGGAGACCCUAGCUCAGCUGUCUGUGCCGAGGAACGAGUGCAAGAACACAGUAAUUCAUGGGACACACCCUCAGCCUGUCUGAACGCAGAAACUAAACAUAACAAGGAAGUGGCCCCACCAGUCUCACUGCUGAUUGAAGGUGGGGCUGCACAGAGCCCAGUGCCACCGGGAGCAAGUCUGGCUGCAGACUCAAGCCAGGAAGCCUUGGGUGCAGGGCAGAGCAGCUCAUCUCUGCUACCAGGCCUAUUGCCAGAUAGGUCUGAGGCUCUUCAUGGCAAUGGAGAUUUUGCCCUGGAUAUUGGCGUGAAAAACACUCAAGCCCAGGGGAAGACCACUGCUUGUGAGGCGAGUGGAAAUAUGGCAUUGGAUGUUGCUGUGGUUAAUGCUCUACGAGGAACUGUGGAAGCCAGAAGAAAGGAUUUAGCACACCAGGCACAAGACCUCCCGAUCCCAGGAGCCUCGUUGAGCCGGGAGAACAGUGUGAUCCAGGGUUUGCCAGUUGCUUUACCAGACAAAGGUGAGACUGACCUCCCAGUUGCUGCACCCCCAGAGGUGGAGACUCUUGGUUGGGAGAAAGGGAAGCGGGAGGGAGCCAGCCUCAGCUGUAGCAUGGGCGACACCGGGGGCGCGCAAAUGAGCGAUGACGCACUCCACGUCCUACCGCAGUCUGUUGCCAAACAGCUCUCCUCAGAGACAGGGCUCUCAACCAGUGAGGACAAGGCCCCGUGCAGGGACAGGGGUGCUCCCCCUGCAUCUUGUGCUAUGUCUGCCAAAGCCGGACGUCCGCCUAAGAGAGCAGACUCGAUCGAGGAGGCUGCCAGUCAUCUAGUGGAUGCCGUCAUAGAACGGGUCAGGGCCUCAGGCGCCCUGCUCACAGAGGGGGCCGUCAGUCACCUGUCACCGUCUAGCCCUUCAAAGUCAGGUCCAGGGACUGCACAGCUGGAGAGUGCUUCUACGGGGAAGGAGAUCACUGUCCUGCCUCAGGAGACUGCACAUGUGGGCGGUUUUCAUGAAGAAGCCCCUGCAAACCCCGCAGAAGGUAUUGCUGGAAGGGAGGAGCCGGAGAAGAUAAUUUGGCCUGGUCAAGGACCUGAGCCAGCAACAGAAAUGCCAGACACCAAAGCUGAUGAUGAAGUGGAUUUUCUGAGGGACACCAGGGGGAGUUCGGUUUCUGAAGAGGUGGCUGUAGGUGACACAGCUGCUACAUCUACAGUGGCCAGGCAGGGCCCGAAGACCCAGGCGAUAAACCGAGAAAGCUGGUGCACAGUAGAGCCCUGUGCGGAUGCGCCGUCUCUCUUGGCUCCCACGCAGAGCCCAGAGUGUGAGAACUUCCUGGAUGUUGAGCUGGGCAGGGAGUGCGCCCCCAAACAAGGCGCACUUCAAAGAGAAUCUGGGAGUGAUUCUGACCUCUUCCACUCGCCCACUGAAGAGGUGGACAACAUCGUCUUCUCCAAGCCCGAGGAGGAGCAGUCGGUCUGCGACAUCACCGGAUCCAGUUCUUCCACUGAUGACACAGCGUCCCUGGACCGACAUUCGUCUCACGGCAGUGAUGUGUCCCUCCCCCAGAUAUCGAGUGUGAACAGGGCCAGGGACCAGCAGUCUCUCGAUGGCUUCUCCGGCCCUGGGGUGGGGGUCGAGGGCCGAGAGAGUGAGAGUGAACCCACUGGCUCAGGUGAGAUGGAGGAGGAGGAGAUGGACAGCAUCACCGAGGUGCCCGCCAACUGCUCUGUGCUGAGGAGCUCCAUGCGCUCUCUGUCCCCUUUCCGGAGGCACAGCUGGGGGCCCGGCAAGAACGCAGCCAGCGAUGGUGAAAUGAACCACCGAAGUUCAAUGCGCAUUCUGGGGGAUGUUGUCAGGAGGCCUCCCAUUCAUAGGAGAAGUAUGAGCUGGUGUCCCUCUGGUGUGCAAUACUCUGCUGCCCUGAGUGCUGACUUUAAUUACAGAAGUUUCAGCCUAGAAGGCUUGGCAGGAGGAGAUGGUGUUGGAAACAAACCAUCCUCAUCUCUGGAAGUCAGCUCUGUGAACACCCAGGAGCUCAGGCACCCUUUCAGCAGCGAGGAGCGGGGUGACUCUUUGGUGUCCCUUUCAGAAGAGGAUCUGGAAUCAGGCCAGAGAGAACAUAGGAUGUUUGGUCAGCAGACAUGUCACGGAUCUAAACCACAGGGAUUUAAUUACCGUUCAUCAGCCAUUUCUUCUACAUUGACAAAAUCCAUCUCAUUAAUGACAAUCAGCCACCCUGGGUUGGACAAUUCCCGGCCUUUCCACAGCACCAGUGCUAACCUGACAGAGAGCAUAACAGAAGAGAACUACAAUUUCCUGCCCCAGAGCCCCUCCAAGAAGGAUUUUGAAGGGAAGAGCGGCACGAAAGUCAGCCGCACGUUCAGCUACAUCAAGAAUAAAAUGUCCAGCAGUAAAAAGAGCAAAGAAAAGGAAAAAGAGAAAGAUAAAAUUAAGGAGAAGGAGAAAGAUUCUAAAGAGAAGGAGAAGGACAAGAAGAACCUCAACGGCCACUCUUUCAGCUCCAUGCCUGUCGUGGGCCCGAUCGGCUGCAGCCAGUGUACGAAGCCUUUCACCAACAGAGAUGCCUACGCUUGUGCAAACUGCAGUGCUUUUGUCCACAAAGGCUGUAGAGAAAGUCUGGCCUCCUGUGCAAAGGUCAAGAUGAAGCAGCCCAAAGGGAGCCUGCAGGCGCAGGACACGUCUUCACUGCCCACAGUCAUUAUGAGGAACAAGCCCGCGCAGCCCAAGGAGCGCCCUCGAUCUGCGGUCCUCCUGGCCGAGGAAACCACUGCGGCCCCCAUGUUUCCUCACAGGCGGUCCCAGCAGAGCGUGUCACUGUCCAAAAGCGUGUCCAUACAGAACAUUGCUGGAGUUGGCAACGAUGAGAACAUAUCGAACACCUGGAAAUUCCUGUCUCAUUCCACAGACUCGCUAAAUAAAAUUGUCAAGGUCAAUGAGUCCACAGAAUCACUUACUGAUGAGGGAGUAGGUACAGAUAUGAAUGAAGGACAGCUGAUGGGAGACUUUGAAGUUGAAUCCAAACAGCUGGAAGCCGAGUCCUGGAGCCGGGUGGUAGACAGCAAGUUUCUGAAACAGCAGAAGAAAGACGUGGUGAAGCGGCAAGAAGUGAUCUAUGAGCUGAUGCAGACGGAGCUGCACCACGUCCGCACGCUCAAGAUCAUGAGCGACGUGUACAGCCGGGGGAUGAUGACGGACCUGCUCUUCGAGCAGCAGAUGGUGGAAAAGCUGUUCCCGUGUUUGGACGAGCUGAUCAGCAUCCACAGCCAGUUCUUUCAGAGGAUCCUGGAGCGGAAGAAGGAAUCCCUGGUGGAUAAAAGCGAAAGGAACUUUCUCAUCAAGAGGAUGGGAGAUGUGCUCGUGAAUCAGUUUUCAGGGGAGAACGCAGAACGCUUAAAGAAGACAUAUGGCAAGUUCUGUGGGCAGCACAACCAGUCCGUGAACUACUUCAAAGACCUGUAUACCAAGGACAAACGUUUCCAGGCGUUUGUAAAGAAGAAGAUGAGCAGCUCGGUCGUGAGGAGGCUUGGGAUCCCGGAGUGCAUACUGCUGGUGACCCAGCGCAUCACCAAGUACCCCGUUUUGUUCCAGAGAAUACUGCAGUGCACCAAAGACAAUGAGGUGGAGCAGGAAGACCUGGCUCACUCCUUGAGCCUGGUGAAAAGCGUGAUUGGGGCUGUGGACAGCAAAGUGGCCAGUUAUGAAAAGAAGGUGCGUCUCAACGAGAUCUACACGAAGACGGACAGCAAGUCGAUUAUGAGGAUGAAGAGUGGUCAGAUGUUUGCCAAGGAGGACCUGAAGCGGAAGAAGCUGGUGCGGGACGGGAGUGUGUUUCUGAAGAACGCAGCGGGGAGGUUGAAAGAGGUUCAAGCAGUUCUGCUGACUGACAUCCUAGUUUUCCUUCAAGAAAAAGACCAGAAAUACGUCUUUGCAUCAUUGGACCAGAAGUCCACAGUGAUUUCUUUAAAGAAGCUGAUCGUGAGAGAAGUCGCACGUGAGGAGAAAGGCUUGUUCCUGAUCAGCAUGGGCAUGAAAGACCCAGAGAUGGUGGAGGUCCACGCCAGCUCCAAAGAGGAGCGGAACAGCUGGAUUCAGAUCAUCCAGGACACGAUGAACACCCUGAACAGAGAUGAAGAUGAAGGAAUCCCUAGUGAGAAUGAGGAGGAAAAGAAAAUGUUGGACACCAAAGCCCGGGAAUUGAAAGAACAACUUCAGCAAAAGGACCAACAGAUCCUACUCUUACUGGACGAAAAGGAGAUGAUCUUCCGGGACAUGGCUGAGUGCAGCACCCCUUUGCCAGAGGAAUGCUCCCCAACUCAGAGCUCUAGAAUCCUCUUCCGCGCCAACACAGAAGAGGCUCUCAAAGGAGGACCUUUAAUGAAAAGUGCAAUAAAUGAGGUGGAGAUCCUUCAGAACCUGGUGAGUGGGGGCCUGGGAGGCCCGCUCACUCAGGCUGUCGGCAGCCCCGCUGGGCAGGAAGGCACGGUGGGCCCCGUGUCCUUGCCCCGGAGAGCAGAGACCUUUGGUGGCUUUGACAGCCAUCAGAUGAACGCUUCAAAAGGAGGUGAUAAGGAAGAGGGAGAUGAUGGCCAAGAUCUUAGGAGAACAGAAUCGGAUAGUGGUCUGAAAAAGGGUGGAAAUGCUAACCUGGCAUUUAUACUUAAAAGAAACAAUGAGCAGGUGGUCCAAAGCAUCAUCCGUCUCCACGAGCUCCUCAGCACUCUGCAGGGGGUGGUGUUGCAGCAGGACAGCUACAUCGAGGAUCAGAAGCUGCUGCUGGCGGAGAAGGCGCUCACCCGGACUUUGUCCCGCCCCAGCUCGCUCAUUGAGCAGGAGAAGCAGCGCAGCCUGGAGAAGCAGCGCCAGGACCUGGCCAACCUGCAGAAGCAGCAGGCGCAGCACCUGGAGGAGAAGCGCAAGCGGGAGCGGGAGUGGGAGGCCCGGGAGCGGGCGCUGCAGGAGCGCGAGGCCCGGCUGGCCCAGCGGGAGGAGGAGGUGCAGCGGGUGCAGCAGGACCUGGAGAGGGACCGGGAGGAGAUCCAGCAGAAGAAGGGCGCCUACCAGUGUGACCUGGAGAGGCUGCGUGCGGCCCAGAAACAGCUCGAGAGGGAGCAGGAGCAGCUGAAACGGGACACGGAGCGGCUCAGCCAGAGGCAGGUGGACCGAGACACCUGUCAGGUUUCACAUCGACAGACCAAGCUGCUGAAGAUCCCGUCCUUCCUCCCCAAUCCCGAGGAGUCCCCCCUGCCAUCUGCACCUUUGAUAGCCAAAUCGGGCUCGUUGGACUCGGAUCUCUCGGUGUCCCCCAAAAGGAACAGCAUUGCUCGGACACAGAAAGACAAGGGGCCUUUUCACAUACUGACUUCCGCCAGCCAGACCAGCAAAGUCCCAGAGGGUCCGAGCCAGACCCCAGUGUCCACCUCCUCUUCCACCACACGCCUGUUUGGGCUACCAAAGACAAAGGACAAGAAGGACAAGAAGAAGAAGAGCAAAGGAGACCGCUCGCAGCCCCGUGACGGCUCUGCAUCAGAGGUGCCCGCAGAGGGCGAAGAGAUCUUCUGCUGACCCCGUUCCUCCACCGGCAGCAUCAUUGCCCCACGCCCUCCUGUGUCCCUGCGUGUCCACUCUCACCUGUCGACACCAUGCUCUGCAAGCGUCUGCUGCUGUGUGCUGCCCCAGGCCGUGGACCUGAGGAACGAGUGGUCACAAGCGUCAGGGUGUGUAAGGUGGCCUCAGACUUACCCGCCCAGCUCACUGCCCCACGACUCUUGGGUUGGGGUCAGCCUUCCUGAGGAUGUUACACCAAGAAGAGUGUCCCCAGAAGUCCAGGUGCUGGUUUGGGACAUGUCAGGAAUUCCUAAAGCUGAAGGAAUGUUUCCAGCUGAGGUGUGCGUGCCGGCUUCCUUUCAUUUUAGGGAACACAACUGAAAUCGGACAGCAGACAGCGUGGACUUUCUGUGCGUGCAGAGAUGGUAGCCGUCUGUGCGGACACGGGGGUACGGCAGAACCGUGUGCACCUUCUGCCCCAGACACUGCAGGUGGCUCGGAGGUGCUCAGCCUCUCACCUGCUAGGCCUCCUGGGCGGUGUCGUCCCCCGCCCACCUCACCCCGUGGACCUGUGUUUCUCAUGUCAUUUCAGAAGGGAUGACAAACAUUUGUGGAAACCAGUGAGAACAGACCUGGCGUGUUUCAACGCCACGAGAUCCGCACCACCUUGGCUUUGGGAUUUCGGUCACAGCCUCUAGCGAUGUCAUGAGCCAGUCCCGGAAGAAAUUCUGCACUGGCUUUCCAAGGCGUUUGCCACAUAUUCCCAGCACAGAUGAAGUAGAGAGGCCUCUUCACCGUUGCCCUUGCAGCGUGACACUUUCUGGUUGUCACUGACCAUUCAGAAAUGGCCACGGCCUCCUGGCAGGCAGUGUCCCCGAGACCUCGUGGGCUGCUCCCCAAGAGCAGUUGUUCCUGCCUGACCCUCCCUGUGGGAGACGGCGGUCCCCUCCCCGAUCCACCAGUAGGGACCGCGCGCUCCCCUGCAGGGAGCUUCGUCCCCGCCCUGUGCUAGGACAGCUGGCCGAGGAGGGGUCAGUGCAGCUGUUAGCACCUGCGCAGUGGUUUACACCGGUACAGAGACAGGAGCAGGUCCGACAGGCAUGGCUUGCGAAGGUUCUCAUGCUGUGUCACGGGGCCUUGGCAAAAUUUAAUUUCUUUAAAAAAAUUUUUUUUUAAUUUAAAGGUCUGUUGGUUUUUGUAUUCGGACGCUUGAUGAUGCCUCACGUGCCACCUGUGUUUUAUGUUCCUUUUCCUUCUCCUUGUUUUCCUUCUGCAUUGGCACCUGUGUCUCUCCAGCUUGUUACUGGCUGGCAGGUGCGGGACGGUUCACGGGUGACGUUUCCUUCCGAAGCCCCACACACCUGCCCCACUAGUAGCUCCCAGGGGGCGAGACUGGGAAAUUCUUCGCUUUCAAUGUGGCCUUUGUUUCCUGCUUUCGCCCCUUAGGAGCUGGGUCUUUGACCAUACUUUUUAAAAACAAAAAAACCCCGUAACUUGGUGCUUGUUGAUGAAUUGCAAGCUGGCCUUGCAGAUGGAGAUAUUUAUCUUUCAGUUUAUUUGAAAGAGGUCUGGUUUAAAAUUGUUAGCAUAGAUUCGUUUUAUUUAUUGUGCGUGUCUGUGUGUCUGUGUGUGUCUGUGUGAACGUACUGUCCCAACGGUUUCAACUAUCUGAUCACUACGGGGAAGGAACAGUGGCCUGGCUGCUUACUCCUCAGUGUCUGUCAAAGUGCCUUGAAGGCCCAAAAGAAAUUACGAUUGGAGGAGGGGUCCCUUUCCUUCCCUUCUCCCACCCCACCUCAUUCUUUGAUCAAGGGAUGUCUUUCUGCUUGAGAGUUAAGAAACUGGCUGCCUAUGAAGGACAUUUGCGUGUUUUUGUCAUUGAGAGUUCUUACCUUUUGGCAAUAGACUUUAAGGAAGAAACUGAGUGUUCUUUUGAAAUCAUGAUGUAAUACUCCCCCACCCCCCGUCCCCACCCAAAGACCCUAAACAGCAGAAGCUAUGUUGCUUGCUUCCUUCUACCAGGGCCCCAGCGUAAGUUACAGGCAUGGCUGUGCUGGCUUUCCUGGGGCCACGUGGAGCUCCGAUGUCUGUGUUACUCGCUGGGGGCAGCCCUGCGGCUUCAUGUUGCACGGAGAGAAGCGCUCUGCCGGAAAGGGCACUGGCACACCUCCUUCCUCUGGGUCAGCGUGGGCCGGGCCACCUGCGCUCCAGGCUGCAAAUAGGAAGGGCUUCGUGCCCAAGAGGUUGGCCGUCACACCCGCCCUUCACAGAGGCGCUGCGGGCUCUGAGCACUGGACCAGGCCGCACAGCGCGAUUUGGGUUUCAGCCCCACAGACCCGUGCUUCUGACCCUGAGAACUGCCCUGGCCAACCAGGCUGAGCCCCAUGUGGGUGACUUCCCUGUGAUGCGCGGUUGUCUUCUAGGGCGACGCGGAUUCGGUUCCCUGUGGGCGUCCCAUGUGAGAAAGCCGUGCUUCUCCAUCACGCCCCAGAAAUCAGAUGCCCCAGAUUGAGUUUCAGUUUUGGGAGGGUGGAGGGAGACACCUCCCAGAGUCCCCAGAUUUUCAGCAUCUAGUAAAUUUUCUGGAAGGAGGGUGUAUCUUCUCUCAGUUAGAUCAUCUAAGUAAAUUGUCAUCGGAUUGGGUGACAGGUGCACUUUACAUGCCGUCAGCAGUUGGCUUCAUUGUCGUGACAACUACGUCAACUGGUUUCUUCUUUGAACAUGGAGAGGGUUAAAAACAUGCAGAUUGCUGUAAUUCAGCCUUGGCCAACAUGCCAUCCUCUACCCUCACAAGGGCUCUCUGUGGGCAAGAAAUCUGCAUCAAGAUUGUUUUUGGAAAGGUACGAACUUUGCCUUUUUUCCUCUUACGUCUCAGGGUAAUGCCACCGAAGGUCGUCGCUUCGCCCAUCUGCUCCCUUCGUUCCCCUUCCCCCUCCCUCCUUCCGCGUGAGCGGCAGUGACCACAGAUGUGUAAGAGCCUUGGGGUUUGUCGGACCCUUCUUGGAGUGGAGGGCAGAUGGUGUGGAGGGGUUUAAGAAAAUAGGCUUUGCCUUAAGUAAAAGUUAGAGGCCAGAACCUGAUCCAGAAGUUUGGGUUCACAGAAGUGGUUCCUGUUUCAUCCUUUUGUUUCCGAGGUUCUUUAUCUGUAGCUUUUUCUUUCUUCCCAAGGAUUUUGAAACAGACAUGGGAGCGGCAGUUUACUUUGAUGUCCAGGGGUGGCCACAGCCAAGCCCUGGGAGGGUUUUAGAGAGAUGGUCCUGGUGAGUGGGCUCCCGUGGCCAUAAAGAGGAUGGCUUGGAGGGGACACUGCAAAAGGGCAUCAACAUCGCCCCCUGUCCCCUGCCACCCCUUUGCUUGGAUGCCUGUGCAAUGUGGAGCCAGAAAUGUAUGUGUGGAGUACGGCGGUUGGCGGAGGUUCAGAGAGAGGUGUGCCUGCCUGCCUGCCUGCCUGCCUUUAGCAGGGCCGGUGGACACACACACGGCCAAGGUCCCCACUGGCUGGGUGCCAGCCUAUUUGCUCUUCUGGCUGGCCCUCAGAGAUAAGGAUGGGGGCAAAGGGUUUGUUUCGGUUUGGUUCCUCCUUUUUCCUUCAACAUAGCAUAACAUUCCUAGUUAACCAGAGUCUAGAGUCUGCCUGCUGGCCAGGUUUUAAAAUGAGAAGUAUUUUAAUGCUGCCGUAAAAGGAAAACACAAAACAAAGGCUUCUUUCCAUGGCCUCCUGGCCCAAUUUAAUUUGUCAAAAAGAUGACAGGCCUUGAAUUAGUUCUCCAUCUCACUAAGGUUUAAAGAUGGGUAAACCCAAGUGGGUCAAGUCUCUCCCACCACAGACCGUGCAGACCUGCUGCACACGCCCAGCCUGAGUCGCCCUCCGCCGGGGCCUCCCUCCGGCCUCUGUGCAUGCACCCCAGGUCUUCGCCCUGCUUGAACGCCUCUGCCUUUGCAGCCGCCUGUCAGGAGGGCAGCACUCCGACGGGGACCCGCCCUGUGGUCACGUUCAGCCUGUGGUUUCCUGUGUGUCACGUACCGUCACCCCGUCACCCCGUCGGGGGCGUGGGGAGGUGCCAGGAGGUGCAGGAGGGUGAUUGCACACACCUCAUACCUCUGCUUCUGCUCAUUGUUUUAGAUGCUAGGUGAGCAUUUCCGUGCUAAAUCCUAUUAAAUAAGUGGUUAAAACCAAGAUGCUGUACAGUAAUUUGUAAUUAUGUAUAAAGUAAAGCUGUUUUAAACUAUAAAGAUUUUUUUUUUCAGUGUUUUCUGGAAUUUUACCAUGACAUACUUACUGGCUUUGUAUUUUAUUUAUCUUCCUAUCUAGUUACUGGCUUCAGAUUCUUGUAAAGUUCUUCUCGGCCCUUCCAAAAAAAUAAACGUCCUCUAAGUCUUCA